GAGAAGAGCCAACAAGCCUCUUGUAAAAAAAAAAAAAAAAUAGCUGCCUUAGAAAGCAAAUUUAGGGCAUUUAUAUGCCAGCAAGGCGUUUGCUGGACCGUGCCUGGCUUUGUCAUUACAAAGUUGAGGUUUGGAGUCUCAUAACAAAGGUGUCUCUUGUGAAUAUAUCCUGCUGGCUCUGGCUUCCGUCCUGUGACUCCUUGGUCAGUAGAGGGACCACACCAGAGUAAGGGCACAAACUGUGCCUCCAGGUCCCCUCUGCUGCUGUGUGACAGCUUGAGUUGUCUUGACGACUCACUGCUAGUCCCUUCAAGAUGUCCUCUAUCUUGCCGUUUACCCCUCCCGUGGUUAAGAGGUUGUUGGGCUGGAAGAAGUCAGCCAGUGGCCCAGGUGGAGCAGGUGGUGGAGAACAGAAUGGACAGGAGGAGAAAUGGUGUGAGAAGGCAGUGAAGAGCCUGGUGAAGAAGCUGAAGAAGACAGGGCAGCUGGAUGAGCUGGAGAAAGCCAUCACCACACAGAACUGCAACACCAAGUGUGUCACCAUCCCCAGCAAUUGCUCUGAAAUAUGGGGACUGAGUUCACCAAAUACGAUAGAACAGUGGGAUACAUCAGGCCUAUACAGCUACCCUGACCAAACCAGAUCCCUGGAUGGGCGCCUGCAAGUCUCCCAUAGGAAGGGGCUUCCUCAUGUUAUCUACUGUCGCUUGUGGCGAUGGCCGGACCUGCACAGCCACCACGAGCUGCGUGCUAUCGAGGCUUGUGAGUAUGCCUUCCACCUCAAGAAGGAUGAAGUCUGCAUCAACCCCUACCAUUACCAGAGGGUGGAGACUCCAGUGCUGCCUCCUGUUCUUGUGCCAAGACACUCGGAAAUCCUAACAGAGUUGCCACCACUCGAUGACUACACUCAUUCCAUACCUGAGAACACAAACUUUCCUGCAGGAAUUGAACCACCAAACAAUUAUAUACCAGAAACGCCACCACCAGGCUAUAUCAGCGAGGAUGGGGAGGCUAGCGAUCAACAGAUGAAUCAAAGUAUGGACACAGGUUCUCCUGCAGAGCUGUCUCCUAGCACGCUAUCCCCUGUCAAUCAUAGCAUGGACCUUCAACCAGUGACUUACUCUGAGCCAGCUUUCUGGUGCUCAAUAGCCUACUAUGAGUUGAACCAACGUGUUGGUGAGACGUUUCAUGCCUCUCAGCCAUCACUGACAGUGGACGGCUUCACAGACCCUUCCAACUCGGAGCGUUUCUGCCUGGGCCUGCUGUCUAAUGUCAACAGAAAUGCCACUGUGGAAAUGACCCGAAGGCACAUAGGAAGAGGAGUUCGACUGUACUACAUCGGUGGGGAGGUAUUUGCUGAGUGUCUCAGUGAUAGCGCCAUCUUUGUCCAAAGUCCAAACUGCAACCAGCGGUAUGGUUGGCACCCAGCAACGGUGUGCAAAAUUCCUCCUGGUUGUAAUCUGAAGAUCUUCAACAACCAGGAAUUUGCUGCCUUGCUGGCUCAGUCAGUCAACCAGGGCUUUGAGGCUGUGUACCAGCUCACCAGGAUGUGCACUAUCCGUAUGAGUUUUGUCAAGGGCUGGGGAGCUGAAUACAGGCGGCAGACUGUCACAAGUACUCCUUGCUGGAUUGAGCUGCAUUUGAAUGGACCUCUGCAGUGGCUGGACAAGGUUCUGACCCAGAUGGGGUCCCCAUCUGUGCGCUGCUCCAGUAUGUCGUAAACAGCUAAGGAUCCACCCAAAUCGUCAGCCCAUUACAAAGGUCGUGAAAUUCUAAACUUGUGAGACCUGUUAUGAAAAAAUGGAAAACCCCACAGAAUGAAUUUCUGUAACAUAAUUCAUAGUAUUUGUGGCCCGGUUUCACAUCCCUGUUUUAACUGGACACACACACACACACACACACACACACACACACACACACACACACACACACACACACACACACACACACACACACACACACACACACAAAUGAGCACAGCACACAUUCACACAUACAUACUUUCAGUAUAGAAUUUGGCACUUUGCUAUUCAUCUAUGUCAUGCACCUUGUUAAAUUGCUUUUCCCCAAAUCCUUAAUAUUAGAUCUAUUUGUGGUACAAAUAAAUUGUAUAUUGGUUCUUAGUCCAGGAGGCAUGGGGAGAUACCAAAAAUAUCUGAAUUGUUUCUCAGUAUUGGAGAAUGCUUGUGUGUUUAACACAAGCGUGAAUGCUAAAAUGAUUUUUGGUCCAACCAUUGCUCUAAACCUAAGUUUACUUUUCUCUGGGAAACGUGGACCCAUUUUUUGUUAAUCGAAGUUGGCUUGGUUAAGAAACAAUGGCCUUGGUGUUGGUUCUCACCUGAGGGGAAAUGCCACACCAUGUUUAUGAUAUUUGAUUACUGGAUUUACUUCACUCUUUGCCAGACUGGCCCUUUUUUAAAUUCUUAAUGUGUGUCGUUAUAAGACACACCUCUUAAUGGACAAAUAGGAAUGUUAGCAAAAAAACAAAAAAACAAAAAAAAACACACACACAAAACCUAAAACAGACCCUACUCCAAAGCAAACCCAGUCUGGCUAUAGUUUACUUUGUUGUCAUUAUAUGGCACCCUUCCGUGUCCUUAGCUUGAUUUGGGCCCCCACUGAACAGCCUGUUAUGGAAGCUAAUGAAACCUGGGCCAUUGUGUGUUGGGUGCACUGGGCAGGGACCAGAGAAUAUCAGCUGUUGGUGGAAGCUUUUUCUUCUUCUCCCUUCUGUGAUGACACAACACUGAGAGUCCUGGGCUCUCCAAGAUGAAGCAUUAAAAAAAAAAAAGGAAAAAAAAAAGAAAAAAAGGUCUCACUAGGGGGAAAUUGAAGGUUAUCCAUGAAUUUCAUUCUAUAUUGUUUUUAGCCUAUAUCCCCUUUCUUUUGCUACUUUUUUGUAUUCUCAUGUAUUUUUAUAUAUAAAUAUACUUAAAAUUUUCUGUCGUUCACUUUUUAUUAAAGUAAUUUUUUCAAGACCACAACUGUUUUUAAAGUGACAUGGAGAGCAUGUAUCAUUCCGCUGUUUUACCCAAAAGGUUUUGGCUCAGAUCCAUUUCCAAUUGAAGCCCUUUGUCUUGGUAAGAAAAUCGGUGCCCAACACAUAUAGCCUGUCUUACAUUUUUUUGUUUUAGCUUCUUUAGAGAAAAUAAUUUUGCACCUCCAAAGCUGUCUUGUGCAGGUGCAAUGGACAGGAAUUCACAGGUCUGAAAAAUAAAAAUAGAUUCCUCCAUGCUGGUCUUGCAAAACGUGACUUUUUUAUUAAUUGACAUCUCGGUCUUACUAGACCUUCAUCAGAGUGAACAGAUAUAAUGGAAAAUUAAUUUCUUAUAUCUACAACGCUCCACCCCUUAGUAACAUAAUUUGAGAAAGUGAUUGGAUCAUACAUUGUUCACCUUUUUUUGAAAAUAUGCACCAUUUACCCAGGUACCUCAAAUAAUUUAAAGAAAUAAGUGUUUAAGAUGCAAAACAUCAGCUGUGUGGCUUUCAAAAAUCAUUUUAUCAAUUAACCUGUUAAA